AUGUUUUCUGUUCUCUUAUUCUUAACAAAUCUUAUUGUUUUAUCCACUGCUGAUGGAUAUACUUGUGCUGGAUAUCUUAUUAAUCCACCAGAAGACCUGACGUAUUACUUUCCGGAAGAUUGGAGAGAAGACAUGGUGCCAGCAAAAUAUGCAGGAUCACAAACGUGUAAUUGGCAGAUCAAUGUUCUCGAAGGGUACUAUGCAACAGUUACGUUCUACAAAAACACUGACAUGGAAUCAGGAAUCACUUGUACAUAUCCAAAUGGACAGGAGCAAUAUAUUGAAGACAAGGAGCACAAUCCAUACAUCUUCACUUAUCCACAAUUUCAAGUCAAUCUUCAUGUUUCUGACAAACAAGGAGAAUUUUCAUUCAAAGUUGUUUGGUCAAAGUAUCCAGCAACAUGCAAGAUGAAUAUGGAGCUAACUGAUGCUGGAGCUUUGUCAGCUGUUCCCAAUGAAUGCGUGAAUACUUACACGUCUCCAAACAAAGUUAUGCUCAUCGGAUUUACUCUCAAGGAUGACUUAGAUGUGCUUCUCCGCCAAUCAGCAGUUUUUGAGGGUGACUCAGUAAACGGAGAGUAUCUUGGUAAUUUGUACUAUGCGAGAUACCGGCAAAUUGUUUCACCAAGUAACAAACUGACAGUUUAUACUUGGUGGUUGAAUCAAAAUAUCAAUUACACACUUUUCAUGGGAAUGGACACAAGAGCUGUUGGAGAUGUUCAACAAAUCACUGGACUGAACUGCCCAUCUGAUCCAAUUAAUAAGUGCUAUAUCACUUUGAAUUCGAACUACAACAUUUCUGCAAUUGCGACAAUUGGAAGACAACCGGAUUUCCUAGAACCCAUCAUGCAAUUUCCAAGUGAAUCUACCUUGAAAAUAUACGAAGAACAAAUCAAUGACAAUCACCUUGUGGCCAAAAUUGAUAAGUCCAAUUACCAGACUCGAUUCCCAAUGGCAGUGAAAAACUCAUUGAAGAUCUAUCAUUUGGACAAGGGAAGAGUUUCGAUUCCACUCACUAAUAGUGAAAAUGAAGCGAAAUACGAUACUGUUUACGAUGGAAGAUAUGUGAAUGUCCACUCCUUUGAUUAUGGAAGAACUAGUUAUCAGCAGGACACUUCACAAACUUUUCAGACCCAACCAAACAAGAAAUUGUACUUCCAAUUCAAUGUCAAAUAUUUUGAUAUAAAUGGAAACACCACUCUUGACAUCAAAGUAUCCAGAGAUGGAAAAUUAGUCUACUCUGACACCUUCUCGCAAACCAAUUUGCCUCCAGCAAACACUUUGAAAGUUUUUGGAGAUCAAAUGGCGAUCAAUUACCAAACCUAUGGAAACUACACGAUGGGAUUCGAAGUGGAUCUUCUCACAACUAAAAACGACGAUGAUAGUUCUUCACCUACCACACCCAGUCCGUCUGUCACGUCAAGCACCAUUGUCACUCCAGCUAAAACUGUCACUUUGUCAACUAGUUCACCACCUGCAAAUCCCAAAACAACAGUCACAUCUAACACUUUGGAACUUUCCACUCUCACAGAUAUUCCAACAACCGGAUCAACGACGCCUGGAGGGAUAACAAGAGGAACAACGCAAAGAUACGAGACAUCCACGAAGAGUGGAACCACUCAAUUUACUGGAUACCAGUGUCGAGGUCCCAAUAAAAUCACUCCACCAGAUGAUUUGAAUCAAGUUGUCAAUUGGCCCAGUAUUUGGAAUGAUAGUAUGCCUCCGAUUCCAUUUGCAUCUCAACAAUCUUGUAUUUGGGAAAUCGUGGUCCCAGAAGGAUUGUAUGCUACGGUAGUCUUUCAUAAAAAUUCUCCAUCUACAGUCUCUAUUGCUGCUUUCUACCCGGGGAAAGGCACAGGAGCAGGAAUCGAUAACAAUGACCUAAAUCCAUACAUCUUCACAUCUCCUCAAGCGACUAUAAACUUGUAUAAAUCGAAAGACGAAGGAGCGUUCUCGUUCAAGGUUUUGUGGUCAAAAUACCCAACGGUACCUCACGAUAACAUCCAGUUAGUAAAGGGAGCCAUGCCAACUGCAAUAAUUCCAAACGGACAUUUGUCAACCUUCACAGCUGAAACUAUAGUAUCCCUUGUUGGGUUUGGAUUGAAAAAUCAAUCCGAAUAUCCAUUACUCCGUCAAUCUGCUGUUUACGAUGGCAACUCAACGGAUGCUGAAUUCCUUGGAACUCUCUACAGCAUCAUGAUGUCUAAAAAGGAAGUGAUAAGUAGUGGGAAGUCACUGACUGUGUUUACAUGGGGUCUGAACAAUCAGUUCGACUACACUCUAUACAUGGUGCAAGAUCAUACAAACGAACUUCCAUUUUUCACGUACAGAGGAGUCAACUGCGCAGACGGAUUCGAUUGCAGCUUUCAGAUUAAUGCUGUUUAUGGAACUUCCGUUCUUGCGACUUCGGAUAGUCAUUCGGAGUUUAUCAAGAACAUUGAAACAUUUCCAGAUGUAGUUAUCAAAUUGAUUGUUAACAAGUGA